GAGAACGACGAUGGCAGAUGGCGGUAACGAAGAAGUGGUGAGCAACAAGCGGGUGAUAUUGCGGGACUCUGUCACUGGUUUCCCUAAAUAAACAGACAAGUACGUUACCACAACCUCUAUAAACCUCAGGGUACCAGAGAACUCAAAUGGGGUUCUCCUAAAAAACCUCAGCUUGUCCUGUGAUCCCUACAUGAGAAAUCGGUUGAAAUACUCUGAAGAACCUGACUUUACGUCUUACACUCCAGGCUCUCCAAUAGUUGGGUUUGGAACGUCCAAAGUUGUGGACUCAAGGCAUCCUGAGUACAAAAAGGGUGCUUAGUUUGGGGCUACACUGGGUGGGGAGAAUAUACGCUCCUUAGUGAACCUAAAGCACUCUUCAAAAUUCCUGAUACUGAUGUGCCACUUUCCUAUUACACUGGACUUCUCGGUAUGCCUGGUCUCACUGCUUGUGUCAGGCUGCAUGAUGUUCACUUUCCUAAGAAAAGAGAAUAUGUAUACAUUUCAGUAGCAUCUGGUGCAGUUGGUCAGCUUGUUGGGCAGUUUGCCAAGUCGGCAGGUUGUUAUGUAGUUGGAAGCGCUGGAAGCAAAGAAAUGUUGCUACAUCAAGCUACUAUUCUUCAUUUUAAAGAGAAUGGCCCCGAUGCUGCUUUGAAAAGGUACUUCCCUGAAGGUAUUGACAUCUACUUCGAAAAUGUUGGCGGUAAAAUGCUUGAUGCGGUGCUCCUAAACAUGAGGGUGCAUGGACGCGUUGCGGUUCAAGGCCAACUUGAUGAAAACGUUGUGCUAGACACAGAUCCUGCAGCAUUGACUGAAAAAGUUGCGUGUGACUCCUCAAUGUGUCGAUGCACCAUGAUGAUUUGCUAUAUCAAACUCCUUGAGUUUGAGGGGGAUGAUAGAGAUAUUAUAAGUUUUCCCUUCUCUCCUUUCCAUGCUUUAAUUUCUUCUAUGGUCUGUAAGACAUGUUGCACUCUCAGAGCUCAACUAAAAGUUUCUAUAGUGAAACUAGUUUCAAGAUUGAGUUAUACAGAAAUUAGUGAACUGACAAACAAUUUUAACAAAGAAAACAUUACUGGAAUUGGACAGAUGGGGACAACCUACAAGGCAGUUCUGUUGAAUAGAUGGCUCGUUGUGGUGAAGAGAUUACAUGACACUUGCCUAUUUGAUGAGCAUUUCACAGCGGAAUUGAAGACACUAGGUAGAUUGAGGCAUAAGAACCUUGUACCGCUCCUUGGAUUCUGCAUACACUCAAAGGAAAGGCUUCUGGUUUACAAAUACAUGUCAAAAGGUAGUCUUUAUGAUUGGCUAUAUCAUAACGAAGGUGAGGCAAGAAUCAUGGAGUGGCCCUUAAGGGUUAAAAUUGCAAAUGGAGCAGCAAGAGGCCUGGUUUGGCUCCAUCAAGAGUGCUAUUUUCAUGUUGUUCAUCUUCACAUUAGCUCCAAGUGUGUCUUACUUGAUGAGAACUUUGUUCCCAAGUUAUCAAACUUUGGAGAGGCAUUGCUCCUAAAAUCAUAUGGCACUGAUUCAACUGAAAGCUUCUUGGUUCAUAGUGAGUUUUGGGAAUCAAGCUUUGCUAAAGAGGAUGUCUAUUGCUUUGGAAUUUUGCCUCUUGGGCUGAUCACUAGAGAUGAUCCUAGAAGCAUGGCAACAUACUCAAAACACUAGAAAUGAGACACUCAACAAUUGGGUUACACAUCUCUCUGCAAGCUCUAAUUUCUGUAGCAUUGUCGAUUAAUUUCUGAUGGGGCAGAGAUUUGAUCAGGAAAUCUUUCAGUUUCUAAAGGCUGCGUUGGACUGUGUUCAACCAUAUUCAGAUCAAUGGCCAACCAUGCUUCAUUUGUACAAAAAACUAGUUGCUAUUGGUAAGAGAUGUGACCACACAACUGACAUUGAGGUAUCGACACACCAUGGAGAAACCUCAACACUUAGAAGAGAUAAAUGCAAUGAAGAUGAAAUUACUGU